AUGGCCACCAAAGAUGGAGCUCCAACCCUUCCAUGGUCACGAUUACCCCACAUCGUUCACCCACUGCCAUCAUCAACCCUACAGCCUCAUGAAGCCCCACCACCGCCACCACCAAGUCAAGUGCUUUUUACGCCAAGAUUUCGAGCCRCAACAACCAAASCUCCAUCUCAACCUACCGCAAUCCCRCCUCUUUCUGCAGGAACUAACGUUGUUGCACCACCAUCACCGCCAACUGCACCACGUCAGUUAGUAGCUAAAGCUACGGCAGCACCAACCUCAUCACCUGUAGUUCCAAAGGACACACAAUAUGAAGCAGCAACCACAUCCCCAAUCGUCACUCAUGCUGCCACCCCGACAUCCUCCCCUCUGAAAACUGUCAAACUUUUCAGAGGGGAGGAUGUUAGGGUGGCAGCACGCGUGAUGAUUGGGAACUUUGCUUCUGCUCCAGACUGUGUGCCCUUUGGAACUAUAGAUGACGAGGUCGGUGAUGCAGCAGCUUUAGCUACUAACCCCUGUGGUGCAGUUGGUGGUGAUGGUGGUUCAACGACGUUAGUUCCUGCAAGAAGAGGUGGGAUUGCG